AUGUCGAAUGCAGAGGUUCCUGAACAAUUCAAUUCCACAAUCACUUUUUCUCCAUUUGCUACAAGAACAGCUACAGUUCCUAGCAAUAAUAAUAUUAAUAAUGGUAAUAAUGCAAGAAGGGUUAGUCAGUUUACAGAUGUCACUAGUCCAUACCAGUCUCUUGUCGCAAAUAGUCCUUUGAUACAAAAAAAUUCAAUGGGCACAGAUCCAAACAAGGGUAAGAACAAUAAUGGUAAUACAAAUUAUCUGAAUACACCAUAUCAUCAUUUUUCUAAUCAAAGCAGUCAUAAUGGUAAUACUAAUAACGGUAAUGGCAAUAGCAAUGGUAGUGCCAGAGUUUUGGAAUCUAAUAGAAAAACUUCUUUUUUCAAUUCUAAUGUUCCUUCAACUUUAAGAAAAGUCAGUUUACAAAGAGAAUUAAAUUCAAAUUCAAAUUCAAAUGUGCGAUCGAGAAGUACAACAAAGUAUGAAAUAGAUAGAUUUUCAAAUACAAAAAAUGAUAUGAAUGCAAAUGAACCUGAUAAUGCAAAAUUAAGUUCUACUCAAAAGAAUAUUGGCGAAGAUAUAGGAAUGAAUGAAGAUAGAAAUAUAAAUAAUAAUAAUGAUACAAAUGAACUUGAAAUUAUUGGAAAAAGAAAAAUAACAGAAAUCGAUAUAGCAUCAUUAAAUUCAAUCGAAAAAUUAAGAUUAUGGAGACAUGAUUCAUUAAUGCAACACAAUUAUAGAACUGCUGAAUUUGUAGGAAAUAUUAUAUAUAAUAUUACAAAUGAUCCAAAUGAUGCCUUUUGGUUAGCACAAGUCCAUUUUGCCACGUCAUCAUAUAGCAGGGUCGUGGAACUUUUAUCGAACAACAAUUUAGAUUCUACAAGUUUGAUUUGUAAAUAUUUAACUGCUUUAUCAUUGAUCAAAUUACAAAAAUUUGAUAAUGCUUUGGAUAUUAUUGGAGAAGUUAAUCCUUUUGCUAGUGCGGAAAUUGAAUCCGAAAGUGAUGAUGACACAAAUAUAGACAAGAACAAUAAAAUUAAUAAUAGUUCUAAAUAUAACAAGAACUCUAAUCAUACAAAUUCAACAAAUAAUAAUACGAAUAUUAAUUCAAAGUAUAAUGAUGGUGGUAUUAAAUUAGAGUCAUCUUUGUGUUAUUUGAGAGGUAAAAUAUUUUUAGCACAAAAUAGUUUUAAUAAAGCUAAAAAUUCUUUUAAAGAAGCAAUCCUAGUAGAUAUUAAAAAUUUUGAAGCUUUUGAAGAAUUAACUUCAAAAAGUUUAUUGUCACCAAACGAAGAAAUAGAAUUAAUACAAGAUUUGGAUUUCUCACUAUUAGAUGAAAAUAAUGAUAUGAUAAAAAAUCUAUACAUUUUAAGAUUGUCAACUAAUAAUUCCUUGACUCAAAAUCAAUUAAAUAUAAUUAAAAAUUCACAAAAUAUUUUAAUUGAAAAUUAUUAUAACUUUGAAAAUGAUAAAAAUUUAAUUAAUUCAAAGAUUCAAUCAUUUUAUCAGACUUUUAAAUUUAAUGAGUGUUUAGAAUUAUGCGAAUUGUUCUUAUUAAAAGAUGAAUUUAAUUUGGAUGUUUUACCAACUUACAUUGCAUGUCUUUAUGAAUUACAUUGUAAAAAUAAAUUAUUUCAAUUGUCACAUAAAUUGGCUGAAAAUAUACCUAAAAAUUCAAUUACAUGGUUUGCCGUUGGUACUUAUUACUUAUCUGUUAAUAAAAUUAUUGAAGCCAGAAAAUAUUUUUCGAAAUCGUCGAUCAUAGAUCCUACUUUUGCACCAGCAUGGUUAGCAUUCUCUCACACUUUUUCAAUGGAAGGUGAACAUGAUCAAGCUAUAUCUGCUUACUCGACUGCAUCAAGAUUUUUCAUGGGAACUCAUUUGCCCAAUUUGUAUCUGGGAAUGCAAUAUAUGUUAUUGAAUACCUUGUCAUUAGCAGAAGAAUAUUUUAUUUUGGCAUACGAUGUCUCUCCAAACGAUCCACUCUUAUUGAACGAAAUGGGUGUUUUGUUUUAUAGAAGAAAUGAUUACACGAAGUCAAAAAGAUAUUUGAAAAAAGCUUUGGAAUUUAUAAAAGACUUAGAACCGUCGUCAAAAAUUGUAAUUUCAAUACAAACAAACUUAUCAAAUACUUUUCGAAAAUUAGAUGAAUAUGACAUGGCAAUCAGAUGUUUAAAAAAUAUUUUAGAAGUUUCAGGAAAGGAUGCAAACAUAUAUUGUUUAUUAGGAUUUUUAUAUUUGAAAGUCAAAAAAUUACCAAAAGCAAUUGAAUAUUUACAUCAAUCAUUAUCUCUUAAGCCGAUAAAUUCAAUCGCAGAGAAUAUAUUAAAACAUGCAUUAGAAUUAAACGUUUUGAAAACCUUAGACUCUGAUCAUCCAUUGAUCACAAAUUCAAGCAUCCAAUCUAACAAUAAUUUUCUAAACAGGCUGAAUGAUAUAUCAAAAGUUAGUAUGAGCAAUAUGGAUGUGACUAAUAAGAAAAGAAUUACGCCUUCCAUUACAACUACAGAUACAAUUAAAAAACAUAAAACAGAGAGCCUUCUAUACCAUAAAGACCAUGACGAAAUGGAAUUAGAAUAA